AUGAAGCAGCUACUGUGUGUCCUGCUCGCCUCAGUGGUGGCCGAUCAGGGGCCACUGGUGGAGAAUUCGAGAUCCGACUACACUGACUUGGCAUGGGGGGAUUCAGCAGCAGACGGCGCGGCCGCGAGGACGGGUCGUCUCGUGGGCGGCGGGGCGGCGGCGCGCGGCCAGUUCCCGUUCGCCGCCUACGUCAACGUGGCCGGCACGACGGCGUGCGGCGCCGCGCUCAUCACCGACGGCUGGCUGCUCACCGCCGGCCAGUGCAUCUACUCGUACAUGGAGUGGACCAUAUACCUGGGAGUAAUUGACCUGGUAACGACGGACGACUACUCAGUGGUCAUCGUGACCAACUCAGGGUUGGAGCACCCCGGCUAUGACGCCACCACGUUGAGGCACAACAUCGGACUCCUGAGUGUGCCCGGAAGAGUCUUCUUCAACCAAUACGUGACGCCUGCCGCGCUGCCGCGGUACUCAGACGUGGACAGCACUUUUGAAGGCGUCGACGUUAUGGUCACCGCCUGGGGAGCCCAGGCAACAGGCGGUGCAGCGGCGCAGACCAUGUGGUACGCUUACUUCCAGCCAGUAGCCAUAUGCAGCCCCGCCUGGUCCUACUGCGGCAUUGGGCGCUACAACGAGGCCCUCUGCACGGGUGACUUCGGGAGUCCGAUGCAGCGCGCCGAGUCCACUGGGAACUAUACGCUGGUGGGCGUCGCCAGCUUCAUACAGGGCACCACCACCUGCGAGGGUGCCACCUCCGGCUUCACCAUGGUGGCCGCCUACCUCGACUGGAUCAACCGGCACACGCAGCUGGAAAUCCUCCCUUGAUCAGUGAUCUGUGUGGACGUUCAGUGAGCUGCGGCUACACAGGCCUGUGAACACUGGAACAACUGCACACGGAACUUGUGGCGUGCGCUGAUAUUAUAUCUGGGAAACUGUUCUGAGAAUCCGUCGAUUCCUGACUCAGCCAGACAUCAAAACUCAGGAAAACGUGUAAUGGAAGAACUUACAUCAGAAUAUAAGGCAGUGUAAAACUCGGGAUAACAGUGAUAAUUCAUUUUUAUUGCGGUUGUUGACUGGGUUAAUAAUGCUGAAAGUCCCAAAUGCAGUGAUAUGUCAUUGAGAAGUUAGUUUUAGACCUUUAUUGUGUAGCUGAAGCUAUUUGACACUUUUUCCAAGAUGUGUUAAUGAAAAUGUAUUUGGUGCUGUGCAAGACACUAUCCUUAACUGAUUGGAGACAUUUAAGCACACACGUGACAAAAAAAUAUUACUGACAAACUGUGUGACAUACCACGAGUAAAUUUUUCUAUUACUUCUGAACGGUAAAAUAUGGGAUCAAGUAUUUACAUCUAUGGUGUCAACCUUUAGCUAAUCAACGC